AUGAUCUUGCAGAUAGCAGUGAAAAGGCUGAAGGCGAUGACCGCAAAAGCGGAGAUGGAAUUUGCCGUUGAGGUUGAAAUACUCGGGAGGGUUAGGCAUAAAAAUCUACUAGGGUUAAGGGGAUUUUACGCGGGUGGAGAUGAGAGGCUAAUCGUGUACGAUUACAUGCCUAAUCACAGCUUACUCACUCAUUUACACGGUCAACUCGCUGUCGAUUGCUUACUGGAUUGGCCUCGAAGAAUCAAGAUCGCAAUUGGCUCAGCCGAGGGAUUAGUAUACUUGCAUCACGAGGCGAAUCCUCACAUAAUACACAGGGACAUAAAAGCAAGCAAUGUGCUACUAGACUCCGAAUUCGAAGCCAAAGUAGCGGAUUUCGGUUUUGCGAAACUAAUACCCGAAGGAGUGACGCAUUUGACAACUAGGGUAAAAGGAACCCUAGGUUAUUUAGCGCCGGAAUAUGCCAUGUGGGGUAAAGUAUCGGAGAGCUGCGAUGUGUACAGCUUCGGAAUAUUGCUUCUAGAAAUAUCGAGCGGUAGAAAGCCGCUGGAGAAGCUGGCUGGUGGAGUAAGACGGGACAUAGUCCAGUGGGCCACACCGUACGUGCACAAGGGUGACUUUGACCACAUUGUUGACCCUAGAUUGAAGGGUUGUUUCGAUAGGAGUGAGUUGAAGAGAGUGGUUUCGAUUGCAAUGAGGUGUACCGAUGGAAACCCCGAGAAUAGGCCGAGCAUGGUGGAGGUGGUGGGGUGGCUUAAGGGCGGCGUCGGGAGGAGGAGGAACGAGAUUAACGGGAUUGUGAAAAAUGAUAGGGUUGAUGAAUAUGACGACGAAGAUUUUGUUCGCGAUGAAACGGAUUACAAGGUAUUUGGGAUGGAGAAAUACAUGAAAACAUCAAGAAAUAAAAAGAUAUAGAGUUGCAGUGUGUUUAUAAUUUUGUUUGAGAAAUGUGUUGUAAUUUAAAUUUUCAGAUGUGAUCAAUGAAUUAUUCAUAGUGUUCGUGUAA